AUGGCUGUGGGGGGUUUCGUGGUUGACGGGCAAAUUAGCGGCUUCAAUGGCAGGAUAACAGUGUCAGUGGUGAUCACCUGCAUCGUUGCUGCUUCCGGUGGGCUCAUAUUCGGUUAUGACAUCGGAAUCUCAGGGGGUGUCACAACAAUGAGACCAUUCCUCCAAAAAUUCUUCCCAUCAAUACUAAGAAAAGCCGCCGAGGCCAAAACGAACGUCUAUUGCGUCUAUGAUAGCCAAGCCUUGACAUCGUUCACGUCUUCACUGUACCUAGCAGGGUUGGCUGCAUCGCUUGUGGCUAGCCACCUCACGGCAGCAUUGGGCCGCAAAAACACCAUGGUGCUUGGUGGUUGCAGUUUCUUUGCCGGUGCUGCCAUCAAUGGUGGGGCAGAGAACAUCGCUAUGCUCAUCUUGGGCCGUAUCUUGCUCGGAUUUGGUGUCGGUUUUACGAACCAGGCUGCUCCUGUUUAUCUCUCGGAGAUGGCACCACCAAAAUGGCGCGGUGCAUUCAACACAGGCUUCCAAUUUUUCAUUGGCAUUGGGGUGGUCACAGCCAACUGCAUAAACUUUGGCACUGCCAAGCUCAGCUGGGGUUGGCGUCUCUCCCUCGGCCUAGCAGUGGCACCAGCUAUCAUUAUGACCCUUGGCAUGCUCCUUAUUCCAGACACUCCUAGUAGCCUAGUGGAGCGUGGCAAGCUGACCCAAGCUCGACAAGCUCUAACCAAAGUCCGGGGAACCAACACCGACGUGGAGCCCGAGCUAGUUGAUCUAAUUUCGUCCAGUGAAAUAGCCAAGACUAUAAAUCAAGAGCCAUUUGUGACCAUAUUUGGGAGGCAAUACAGGCCUCAUCUUGUGAUGGCCAUUGCUAUAUCUUUUUUUCAACAAGUCACCGGGAUUAAUAUCAUUGCCUUUUAUGCGCCAGUUCUUUUUCAAUCAGUGUGUUUUGGAAGCGAUUCAGCUCUUAUAGCUGCAAUUAUACUUGGGUUGGUUAACCUAGGCUCGAUCCUCGUGUCCACCGUAGUUGUUGAUCGUUUUGGAAGAAGAUUUUUGUUCAUCCAAGGUGGGAUUCAAAUGUUUGUCUGUCAGGUCGCGGUGGCUUGUGUACUAGCCACCACAACAGGUGGUUCUGGCACCAAACACAUCUCCAAGGGCUAUGCCGUGCUCGUGCUUGUGCUAAUGUGCAUCUAUGCUGCUGGUUUUGGUUGGUCAUGGGGACCUCUAAGUUGGCUUAUUCCGAGCGAAAUAUUUCCGAUGAAAAUCCGGACAACCGGACAAAGCAUAAGCGUUGCUGUUAACUUUGCCACCACCUUUGUGUUAUCUCAAACAUUCUUAGCCAUGCUAUGUCACUUCAAAUAUGGGGCAUUCCUGUUCUACGCCGGUUGGAUCGCUGUAAUGACCAUUUUUGUAGUACUUUUUGUGCCGGAGACCAAAGGAGUUCCCUUGAACUCAAUGUAUGCAGUAUGGGAGAAGCAUUGGUUUUGGGGCAGAUUUGUCAAGGCUCAGACUUAG